GGCACAGCUGCAGAGGGGCCGGGGAGUUUGCAGCCCUCUGCCGCCCGGGGCCUGCCCUCAGGUCUCGGCCCCUCGGGAUGGCCGCGCUCAGCUCCCAGCCGUCUCCCUUUGGGCACCUGACGCGGGAGCGGCACAUCCAAGCGCUGGCGAGGUCCUUGAGGAGGAAGGACGGGGCUCCAGCCCUCCAGGCCGGGGGGACAUCCCCCAGCUGGGAAGGCACAAGCCGAGCUAACCAGGCUCAAGAGCCGGACUUUGGGAGCAGCCAGGGGAGCCCGGAUGCCCCUUCAAGUGCCGAGGACCCUGGCCACCAACUCGAGGGCCGGAGAUGGCCGGGAAGCGAGUGGGGUGGGACUGCCGGGGAGGAAGCCACCGAGUCGCCUCUGCCGCGGCUGGGCUGGCGGGGCAGGAGAGCCCGCAGACGGAGCCCGGAGCAGAGCUUGCAGCGGGUUCAGGAGGACGACGACGUUCCACCGCUCGGGCUGCAGGUGCUGGCCGGCGUCUCCCAGCUGUGCAUCACCGCCCGAGCUGGGCUACGCGGGUUCGCCGGGGACCCAGGGAGAACGUACGUGGUGGGCACCGCGCAGGCAAAGGGGCUGCUGGUAGCUAUCGAAGAAACCAGCCGCUUGUGCCUGCACCUAUGUGGCCCUGCCCGCUCCUGCCGCAUCCGCCUCCGGGACCUGCAGGGCCAGGACGUCCUGUGGCUCCGACGGCCCUUCGGGGCUGGCGCCAGCUGCCUGGGCUGCUGCCGGACAGAGAUGAGGGUGUUCACCGCCGGUGACCAGCUCGUGGGCAGCGUGCGGCAGAGGUGGGGCAUCCUUGCCCAUCUCUGGGACCUGCGUGACCCCCACGGCGCAGCCACCAUGAGGAUCCGAGGCUCCUGUGCGGCCAGCCGCUGCUCCUCCAACCAGGAGUUCCAGGUCACCUCCCGCGCCGGCAGCCCCGUGGCAGUGAUCUGGAAGAGGUGGCCAGGUUUCAAUGAAGACCGGAACAUGGACCAUGAGUUCUUUGGGGUGGACAUUUCAGCAAAGCUGGGGGCCGAGGACACCGCUCUCCUGCUGGCAGCAGCCUUCCUCCUGAACUUCAUGUUCUUCGAGAUGAGCUGAGGAGGCCUAGAAGAGACCUGCUGGGAGCCCUGCUAUGCCAGAGACACUGGGACUAGUCCAGCAGCUCCCCCCUGGAGUCACGGAAAUCCCAACAGCGAGGCACAGGCUGCCACUGUCUCGCAAACGCUGGAUCUCCUUUGGUGGCUGGGAUGGCGCACGGCGCCUGGCUUCGCACACGCUGCUUUCACGAGGCAACUGGAGAACCCGGAGUCUGACGUACUUUCUGUUUAUCUUAGGUGCGCGCGUGGCCCCGCCACCAGUGUGUCUGAGCCCCUCCCAAUCCUCAAUGCAACACCCCUCAGAGGCAGGGCAGGUAUCCCCAUUGUACAGUCGGGGAGCUAAGGGAGAUGCCUAAGGUCACGCAGGAAGUCGGUGGCAGAGCAGGGAAUUGAAGCCAGGUCUCCCAAGUGCUAAGCUAGAGCCCCAACCACUAGGCCACCCUACCUCUCCCGGGUCACUGUAAAAUCCAGCACUGACUAGGCCCAUUGCAGAACCCACGUUGCAGCAGGCAUGCGCGCUUUUGGCAUCCUGAGCUCUACGGUACCUGGCGCUGGGAAUCCACGACGGCCCCAGCGUCACAAGGGCAGGCAGGAGAAGGAGCCAGUGAACGAUUCAAACCCAACACAAGCCGGGGGAGCGGACCGAGGCAAAGCAUUCGGACACGGCGAAGGAGUAUGCCGGGCUCAGGUCCGGAACCUACUGGGCGCCGUGACCCAUUCUUGCCACGGCCCUCCCAGAUUGCGCUGAGUAACUGACACAGGAAGUCAAUUAAACCAUCAGAUCAGCUCCUGGUGGCCGUGGGGUUCCCCGUUAAAUCGAGGAAUGGGACUUUCCCUUUGGGCCGCUGGCAGCUGGGCAGGUGCGUCGGGAAGCGGGAGGGUUUGGUGCCAAACCACCCCAGGAGCUCUUUGGGGAAUUGUUCCAGGGGUCAGCGGCCCCAUUCAGAAUCAGGGCUGCGUGGUGCUGGGUGCUGUACAGAUGCAUACGAACCCGCGGUCCCCACUUCGAAGCGAGACGACUGAACGCAGGACCAGAUGCAACAAAUGAGAGCAGCAGCACGAGCGAGCGACUGGAGUAACAAGGCUGCGGGUAACGGGGCUAGGACCGUGGGGUAACACAGACGAGCCCGGCGCGCACUUAGAUGGUACGGGUCAGUUAAUUAAGUAGCUCUCGAGUGCAAACAAAUACAUGGACCAGCUCACUGACCAUUUCUGAGCCCUGCUUGGCCACCCGUCUACCCACUAGCUGAUGGCAGGUUCCCAGGGACAUAGGACAAGCGGGGGGGCGGGGUCUUCCAGUGCCACAGACCUGUAAGGGGUUACCUCUCGAGGCAGAUUUCCCAACUAACCAGCCCCUGCCCAGCCAGCCCCGCCCCACACAUCUUUUCCUUUCCUUACCAGGGUGUGUAGCGUCUAGCACAGACCGUGCUGCAGCACUUGGGUGCAAAAGUCUGGGGGCGGGGGGUGCAGCUCACACCGAACCCCAAAUGGGCAGGGGAGAAAUUAGCCCAAGGCUUCUAAAACCAGGACAUGUGUUGCUCAGAGGGACCUCAGACCCCGGACUCAGCAUCAGCCCUAUUUUACAGAGGGGUAAACAGGCUCACCGUCCCAGCACUAGUCAGUGGCUAAGCCAGGAGUCCUGGUUCCUAAUCCCCUGUGAGGGGACGACCGACUCCCCAGGAAAAUGCAGGGCUGGCCUGUAGCAACCUUCUCCAGAUCAGGCCCCCAAAGCAGGGUGCAAACCCAGCAGUAGUUUUAAAGGCUAAGUGCUUUCAAAGGAGCCGCCCCUGCUGUUUUACCAUGAGUCCCCUAACCCCGGUGAUGUUGUGGCCCGGGGCCCUUACCGCUUGCUGCAUGGAGGCCACCUGCCUGCUCUGUCCCCUGCCCCAUAUGACACAGAUGCAUCAAAGGCAGUCCCCCCCCCCAGUCAGCUGAGAGGAAAUGAUGAAUUUCUCCUUUAAGAAAGGGAAUUAUGGGUAAGUUACUAGGCUUAUAAAAAAGGCAGCUCAUGUAUCUCCUUAACAGAGCUUGUUAGGUUUCUUGUGGCCAGGACUGGCCUUUCAGUGGAGGUGAAUUAAGUUUCCUUUUAAUAAAUGGAGAAACCUGGGUUUUUCUAGGAUAACCUGUCUCCAUAAAGGCUGCAUCAGGUGCCCUCGUGGACCUGGGUAACAACAACUUCUGGGCUUUCAUUCUCCCUCUCCCAUGAGCUUUGGAGAAUCACUUCACCCCGAGCCUAUACAGUGGGGAUCACACUUAUUCAGCUAUGGCACGUGAGCGGGAGUGGCCAGCAUUCAGUAUCGUUACCUGAAAUCCUGAGACCCUUUCUCUGCAUAUGACUUCGAUGGCUUAUUUUUGGCCUAUUCCCAUCCCAGCGGGAACAGACAACCCCCUUGGGGCAGCUUGAAGUGAUGCCCCUUCUCUACUGGUAGGAGACCCAGCAUUUCUCCCGCAAUGCUUGAGCAGCGUUUUCUCCCCCGGGCUCUGGUCAGCCAGCAGGGACUGAUCAAACGCAGCAGGGAACAGGUGUCAUCAUGGCAAGGCUCCCUGCAUAGCUGGCUGGAAAGCCUGGGUCGUCUGUGGGCCAUCGUGCUGGCUACUGUCCGGGAGGUGAAACCUAGUUCUGAAAACCCAACCCGACGCAAUGCUCUGCCGGCAACGCUGGCCACUUGCUGGUUGGUCCUUGUAGAGAUGCCCUCUGGGGAUCAAUACAGCUGCCUCCCAAGUGUUUAGAAAUAACUCCCUCCCUCUUGAGUCUAGGGGAGAAUUGACUUGCUGGGUCGAGAGGUGCUGUGGGACGUCACGGGGGCAGAAGGAACGGUGGGCUCUCAUGGAGCCAGGGCUAGGCCAGCAGAGGGCCCGUAUGCAGAGCUGGAGACCUGGAGCUGGCCUGGGUAUUCACUGGGGAGCCAGGGCCGAGGACGGUGCACUGGCACGAUGCAUUCACAGCCAAUUGUUUUGCUAGGGAGGCAUGCGGCAACAUUUUGUACCAGUUGGCGCCUUUUCAAGGCAUGUGGCUUGUCCAGUCUAUUUAUAGGUGCCUGACCUGCCAAGACUACAGACCCUGCAUGACCCGUCAGCUCACGCCUUGCAGCUCUUGCUGGGUGGUUUAGGUGUCCGCUGCUUUAUGACCGCCGCUCUGAUGUUCUCACAACGGUCCCACUGCUGCCAUCACCCUCAUCGGGCUUUGGCAAAACACUUUCCAUAAAGGGGGUUGGCUAAUGCACAGAGGCUGGCACUGCAGGUCCAAGCCAGCCCCAAUUUAGCACUCUUCCCAGCCCACCGGGGCCACCAUCAGUGCCAGGGCUUUUGGAGAGGAUUCAGGGUCCGUGCCCGGCCUGAUGAAGGGGGCUGACAGAGCUCCUGCUUGAGUGGUCUCUCUAAUGCUGCUGGGCUUGGUACUAUCAUAAUCAGGUAUCUUAAUAUUUCAAUUCAACCCAGCACCCCGGCUCUGCAGCAGGGCCAUCACUCUCUCAGCCCAGCCUUUCUGUGUUCCCUGCUUUGGGGGCCCAGCCUGUCCUACCUGGGGCCUGCGUUUCAGAGGCAUCGAGCACUCGGAGCUCCCACGCACUGUAAAUCAAGUGGGAGACAGACAGACGCUGCCUUAUUCCUUGAGGAAGCUGAGAGACCAUGGCCGAUUUUCAGGAGGGCACAGCCCUUCCCCCUCCAGCUAAAGGCAAUGGGAGGGGUGGGUGCUCAGAUCUCUUCUGGCCGGCACAGAGGGAUGGACCUGAGUCGGUUCUGAGACUGAGGGAGCAAGUCCUGCCUGGGCCUGGCCUGACCCAGCCGGGCUGACUGCAGCACCAGGUGGAAUUGACAAAUGUCAGAAUGAAGCAUUUGGGGCAGGCGGGCGGCACUUGCAAGAGGCCUAAGGUGCUUCUCCUCCCCGCGAGGACGCUAUUUGCAGUGCUCACUGAUGGCUGGUAAAACAGCAGAGACACAAGGGGCCAGGCAGCUCCCUGCAUGGCCAAAUGGUCCCCUGCUCUCAGUAAGAAGUGGGGCUCAACAGACCAUCCGGGGCGGAGGCGGCAUUUUUACGGGGCGUGGAUUUGAAAGCUGGAAAUAGACUCUUAAGGGAUGAGACGAGCCCUUUCCCCGCCCUCCAUGAAAACAGUCCACACUCUUGUUCUUGCAGGAUUUUAUUACUGCAGCAAAACAGGUGUGACGUUAUUGACAUAAACUGGGACCAUAUAGAUCAUUGUUGCAA